AGCCGCUCCGUUCCCGAGCCCCGCGCCCGCUCGCCGGCCGCGCCUCCGCCGGCGGCCGCGCCUCGAGCCGCAGAUGGACGGCGCCCGGGGCGAUGCCGCGCCAGCGGCCGCCGCCCCGCCCGAGGCGGCGGCCCUGCCCGCCUCCGCGGGCGGCGGCGGCGGCGCCGCGGGCGGCGCACACCGGAAGCGGCCGCCCUGCCCUCCGACGAGACGCUCAAGGGCCACGUCACGGCAAUCCUCGAGGGCCAGGACCUGACCAAGACGUCGAUGAAGGACGUUCGAGGGCUGCUGGAGGCCAGAUGCGGGCUGGCCGAGGGCACCCUGAGCAAUCACAAGGCGAAGGUCAAGGAUAUCGUCACUGCCAAGAUCGCUGAGCUGCAGGAGGCUGGCCAGGACGAGGGCACCCCGGCUGCAGGCCAACCCUCAACGCCACCGCGAAGCGCGGGCAGCAAGGAGACGGGUUCCGGUAGAAAGUCAGGCGAGCUCGGCGGAACGAAGAGGAGGCAGGCAGGGCUGUUCACGCGUGGUGGGUUUAUGAAGAAGGCCAGAACGUUUCCGGUGAAGCUCGGCGACUCUAAUUUCAGCGUGCCUCCGCGGGAAUUUAGUACAGGCAGUUGUGGCUUCUUCUUGUCCGCGAAGGUUCCCAUGGAGAUGGAUGGCCAGAAGGUGAUGAUGCAGUGCUCGCUCAAUUGCACUGUGAUCGGCUCGAAGGAGUGGAAGAAAGACUGAGCCUAGUAGUAGGACUGUGGGUACCAUGGUCAGGCUCCGUCGUUUGGAGGGGCCGCAUUGGCUCACCUUUUCGUGCUCUCGCGCGAAGCGUAGUUAGGGACAGCUUGUGGUCUGGCUGUCAUCCUCGCCAGUGUCCUCGCACACUGCAAGACAACAGGUCGCGAGAACACGGCCUCCUGGCCCGUGGGAUCCGCGGUCCCGAGCCAGUUUUCUUCUCAGGGCAGGUGGCGAGGUCGCGUUGCGUGCUGUCCAGGGCUCGCGACUGCACCCUCCCUCCGUGGCAAAUCUUGAUCCCAUCCGUCCUCCCUCCUCCUCCUCCUUCUCCUCUUCCUCCUCC